CUCGCCGAAUGUUUGGACCGAUUGCAUUGAAUCGAACAUUCACUUCACCGUGUAGCAGCACAUUCGUCACAACAUUUGUCGAUUCAUCGAGUCAAAUGUUUGAGUCCAACAUUCGAGUGAAACGUUGGACGAAUCGUGUAGCGCCCGCAUUAGAUGAAGCCAAUUUCGAAACGAGUAGGCGCCGACAAAAAUCGUAUGAAAUUUGAAGGAAAAUAUUUUUCCAUUUGAGUUCUUAAGCUUUCGUUCUAAUGCAGAGUCCCAUCGCAUUGUCUACCCGAGAUGCAAGCCCACGCGCUGAGUUGCAGCCGCUGGAACUUUUGUCAUUUGAGAUAGACCCUACCGAGGUUACAGUUAGAAAUGAUGGGCACACAGUAAUUUACACUUUUCAAUGGCCUAACGGACAGAGCAUCGUGGCGCGAGGAGGUCCCCUCGAAGGCGAGUUUCAACUUGACAGCAUCCACUUUCACUGGGGAGCAGCAUCGGGUCGCGGAGCUGAACAUGUAAUCGAUGAACGUCGACGCGAAAUGGAGGUUCAUAUGGUGUUCUACAGCCGCAAGUACGAGUCGUUUCAGCAGGCCAAAACACAGACUGAUGGCCUGGCCGUUUUGGCGUUUAUCUUCACCACUAGCGCCAGCGCUCCGAAAUAUGGUUGGAUCCCUGCACUCAACGAGGUUCAACAGGCGGGCGCCAGUUACACUCUGCCAAAUCCAAGUGUGUUUAACAUUCAACAGCUGAUCGGAACCAGCAGGAGACCGUAUUUUUGCUAUCGCGGCAGUUUGACGGUCGCUCCGUACCAUGAAACAGUUAAUUGGGUAGUGCACGAGAGAGAACUGCUGAUUUCCGAGGAUCAGCUCGAUAUGUUCCGAUCGCUGCGGGCUGCAGAUGGUACCUUUUUGAGGGAAAACCAUAGACCACUGCAGACAAGCAACGACAGAACUGUUUUUUAUUAUAGAUAAACAAAAACGUUGAAUCUUUGGAACGCUGCUCAGUUAUUCAAAACAGUCGCUAGUUUGAUAUUCUCACUCAACGUGGGAGUUUGGAAACAUCAUCAAAUUAAAAUGUGAUGAGGAAUGGGAAUGGAAUAAAAGUUGUGCGAGUAGCAUGAGUUAUAACCAUAGGCGUAUUCAUCUUUACAAAUUGUCCCCAUUCUCAUUUACCGUUUUAUUCUGAAAACCAUAAAACCACAUUUUUCAAAGGGUUAUGUCUAGAGAUGCCAACAUUUGGCAUUACCGUGCCAAAAUUUCAAUAACCGGUUAUUCGGUAAUGAAAAUUACCGGUUUAAAAUUUUUUUAAGAAAAACGAUUUCCUUGAAGAAACGGCUUUUACUUGUAAUGAUUAGUUUACAAAAAACAUUUUGCAAAUUUUUACUACUUAGUUUGUUGGUUAAAGUAAUACUAAGCCUUCCUAUACUCACGUAUACUGCCGUUCUACGCAUAGUUGUCCCAUGUUCCAAAAUCAGCAACUGAGAAAAACGCAAUCAAAGUUUUCUCGCAUAUUUGUCUACCAAAAACUUUUAGCAUUUCCAUUUAGCAAUACACCGAGUUUUUUAUAAGCACUAUACUAUUGUCUAAUGAAAUGUUUGAAAACAGUAGUAUAAUUUUAUGAAAUAUUUUUUCAUUUAGCAUUUCAUUUUAGUUUAAUGAAAUGUUUGUUUAUUGAAAUCCCCUCAAUGAAUUAAUCAAGCCUGAUUACGGGUUCAAAAAUUCAUGGUGGGACUGUUAUGCCUAGAAUGUCAACAUGGGACAAUUGAACUUGAUGUUGUUUUUUAUAUACUGGGAACAAACAAUAUAUUUUUUUGUGUUUUUCCGAAAGAUUGUGCAUGGAAACACCAUUUUAUGAAGAAAUGAGUGAACUGCAACGCCUUCGCAGAAUAUAAAUCUCAUUGUUAUUAGGCAUUCGCUAACAAGGUGUACACGUGUUCUGUUAAAAUGUUCUUAUUUGUUUGAGAAUUAGUUCGUUCUUCCAAACCAGAAAUUAGUGCAUUAGCCCUGCUGAAAGUGUGACAUGAAAUUCUUGUACUUGAACCGAUUUAUUCGAUAUGGCUCUACAAAAAAUACAUGGUGGGACAGUUAUGAAUAGAAUAUCAACAUGGGACAAUUGAGCUUGAUGUUGUUUUUUAAAAGCUGGGAACGAACUAUAUGUUUUUUUUUGUGUUUUUCCGUAAGAUUAUGCAAUUGUUAGGAAAUUAUCAACGAAGUUUCCAUAAGAGGAAAACACCCGUUCAGAGUCCAAUGGUGUUGGGCAUACAGUACGAAGAGCAUGGAAUACCAUUGUCAUGUAUUUGUCUCUGACGCCCUCUGUACGAAAAAACUCUUGUCCGAGGGUUUUCAUUAAUCCGUUUAUAGACGUUGAGCUUGGGCUGGAAGUUGAUAUCUUUGAUUGUUGCAAUCGUCGUUCAAGUUUUUCCUUGAUGCUCAACUGUUCUACAGAUUUCGCAUCGCUUAGUGGAUUUUUUCCUCAUGUUGUUCAGCCACUGAAUCAAUACCAUCAUCGUCAAUUUUGAUCAAGUCAGUAAUAAUUUCAAAUGUCUGCUUGAACAAUGCAGUCCUUGACGUUUGAUAGAAUACGCCAAAGUCAUCAUUAAUUGUGUCACAAGCACUAGCAGAAUGAUUAUUCAUAUACGGGAACAAAUCUGCAUAUACGAAACGUCUUUCUGCAAUCCUUCCAAUCAGGGCUUCAAGCAGCUGCUUCGAAAUUGUUGAUGGUUGCUCCGAUAACUGUUCCAGCAUAAAUUGCAUACUGACGUCUGCUUCAUAAAGGGUGUAUUUCUUUCGCAAUAGCAGUUCAACAGCGACCAGGACUGGUUCGAAGGUAUCAACCAAAUCCAAAUCCGCUAGAAAAUAGUCAGUUCUUCAUCGCUGAAGUUUCGCAUCCAAAUCGAGCAGCGAUUUUUGAACUGAAGUUCGAAGGUCGUAAAGUCGGCGCAACACUGCCAGUUGUGUUUUUUCGAUCUUAUUUGAUUCUCGAGUACACCUAUCCCUCAAUUUACACUGAAGACAGAUUCCCGACAAAACCGUGUAGAAUGAAAACUACGAGUUUGCUAUGUAAAACCGUGUAAAAUGAAGUAAACUCUCAAUAUAUGUUCAAUUCAAUCAUUUAUUUAAGUAAAACAAUUAUAAAAAAUUACUUAUGGAAUUCAUUAUAAAUUCUGAAUACAAAUAAAUUCUUCAAGAAACUAAAUUGCAAUUAGCUAGCACCACUUUUAGGAACUACCAGUCUUUUUAUUCUGGUUAGUAUAAAGUCAUCCUUAUCACUUGAGCAUUCCUGAUGCGAUUCUGGUCCAAUAGUCGACGAACUCGGGAAGAUCUCAGAUUCGACUUCAGACUUAGUGAUAAAAAUAAAAUCAAUGUUGCGUACAUUUUUUGCUUUAUUAAUCAUUAAAUUUUUCAAAGAGAUUUUCAGCCGAAAGCAUAGAUAUAACUUUCCUUUCCUUUUCAUGUUUGUCGAUGUUCUAAGAGCUUGAAAAAUUGACACAAAUAACGCACAAAGAUUCCAAUAAAGCUAUACAAUUGAUAAUUUGCCAGUUCUGAAACAUAAAAUCGCACUCGUAGUCAAAGCUACGAUCCUAUUUUACUUAUUCAUAUGAACUACAUAUACACAUUUUUUAGGAUUUUCAAAAUUUGUUAUUUUAUAAACCGUGUAAAAGCGAAAUCGUGUAAAACAGGUACCGAUUAAAUAGGGGGAUAAGUGUGAUAUUUUAUAGCGGCAUGAAUCCAAAUAUUAUUUAUGGUGUAAAAAUAAAAAUUACCGAAAUUACCGGUUUUUGAUUGUUAAAUUAACGCUGUUAACAUGAUUAGUUAAUUUUCGAAUCGCUCCUCGGAGUAGAUCUGCCCGUUUACAGUCCUGGUAGUCACGAACGGCACACUCCAUUUGCACAUGAUGCACAUGGAAUACAUGAAUAAUGUAUUCCUUAUUUCCUCCGGAACAUCAAAUUGUGCUGGGCGGUGAAAAACUGUAGUCCCGGAAGCUGCCGGAAGUUCGCCUUGACAAUGAGGCUUCGUCAUCAUUUGGAUGUACAGUUUCCGGGCUCGUGACUUUCUCACCGUAUUUUGCCAUUCGUUACGAUUUGGAGCCUUCUGCACUUUGUACGUAUGCAGUAGGGUGCCAAUGAAUGUGUGGGAAAAAAUCGACCCUAAAAUUUGAAAAAAGUAACCCUAUACAAAAUGUUCACCACCUCGAAAAAACACCUUAUGCCAAAUAUCAACUCAACUUAAGGGAGAGUGGCGCAAAGCGGUCAAAGUUUGAUUUUUUUUUGAAAAUCGAAAAAUCACCCAAGAGUAAAGGAAAUCGGGGUUUUCGAAAAAAAAAAUUUGAUGUCAAAUGUCUUAAAAUUGCAUGAAACGUCGAUAUCUAGUGUCAUCUCGAAAAAUUUCAUUUUGUCGAAAAUCGACACUCUGGGACUUGUUUUUUUUCCGAGAUUACAAUAAAUCUCGACGAGGAAUGUAAUUUUAAGACAUUUGGCACCAAGGAUUUUUUUUUUGAAAACACCGAUUUUCGGUGAUUUUUCGUUUUUCAAAAAAAAAAACAAAUUUUAACGUCUGUGACACUAAUAAAUGAAGUUCGAAUGAGCUAAUAUUUUGCAUAGGGUAUAUUAUCGUGCAAAUCAACAUCUCACAGCAUGUCCUGAAUGAAAAAUCGAGAUAGCUAUUUUUAUUGGUCCCCAAAAUCAUACGUUUGCUCUCGUAUUCCAAAAAAAAAAGAUCUCGACGUUUCAUGCAAUUUUAAGACAUUUGGCAUCAUUUUUUUUCGAAAACCCCGAUUUCCUUUACUCCCUCCUUGGGUGAUUUUUCGAUUUUCAAAAAACUCAAACUUUGACCGCUUUGCGCCACUCUACCUUAAGUCCGAUUGAGCUGAUAUUUGGCAUAGGGUGUUUUUUCGAGGUGGUGAACAUUAUUAUGGAUUAACUUUUUGAACUACGAGAUGACCAUUUUCAUUGGCACACUAGUAUGCAGUCCCUUCCGGUCCUUGACUCUCUGAACAAAACAUUCAAAUUUUUGGCCACAUCAUUGACCGAAGCAUUGGGAUUCCGCUUAAAUACAUUCACGACACGCUUGUGGUCCUGAUCACUGACAGAACACCCAUUCUGACAGCAUUUCUCCUUCCGUUGGAUGCUCAGAAUUUCUCAGCACGAUUCCGAGUUAUUUUCCGAUGUCCCGAUGAGAGAGUUGAGGAUUUUCCAGGUGCUUGCGCAAAAUCGAUUUGCGGCGUUUCUUUUCGGGUGACGCCAUUUUUUUGAAUUUUAGAAAAACUAAAAGCGAUAUAAAUACAGUGUGAAUAAUAUACUCUAAACUACUUCUACCAAAAUUUUAAAGAGAAAAUACCCAAUGGGUCAUUUUCUACAGCGUUUUUUCCGUGACGCAAUUUGAUUUGGGACACCCUUCAAUGAAAUAAGAAUGCAUCGUUUUUUAUAUUCUGAAUUUUUAAUCUCUCAUUCAUUAGUUUAAAACUCCCUUUAACACAAUUUUAUGUUUUUCUCACAGCUUUUCCUCUCCAACCAAACUCCACCUAUGAUCCUGACCUGGAAUUCAUCAACUACCUGCACCGAACUC